UUCUCUGGGCCAUUAAGAUAGCUGAGGGCAUGCAGAUAGCAGUGUGUGUGUGGCUAUGAAGGAGACAGGUCAGAUCUUGCUAAACUGAAUGAAACAAGAGAAACAUGCGCAAUCAUUAUUGCAGCUGGAUAAAUAGCUAAAGGGGAACUUAGGUAAGUUUCUGUGAGUUCUAGACAGGAUGAAACAGAAAAGCUUGCAUUAGUAGCUGUUUCAGACCAGUAGUGUUAAAAGGACUAAAGGUAAGGUGGGAGCAAACAGAAGAAGAGAUAAAGGCAAAGGAUAGGCUGCUUUUAUCCUGUGUCAGCACCAUGGGAAAAUCAGCCUCGAAGCAGUUUGCUGAAGAGGUGCUGCAGUGCCAUAAUGAGUACAGGAAGAAGCACCAGGCUCCUCCACUGAAGCUGAGCAGCAAGCUGAGCAGAGAGGCAGCCCGGUAUGCUGAAAGCCUGGCCAGCACACGAAUCCUGAAACACAGCGUGGAGUCCAGCAGAGGGAGCUGUGGAGAGAACCUGGCAUGGGCAUCCUACGAUCAAACUGGGAAGGAUGUUGCAGAUCGAUGGUAUAAUGAAGUGAAACAGUACAACUUCAACCGUCCUGGAUUCUCUUCGGGCACUGGACAUUUCACAGCAAUGGUGUGGAAGAGCAGCAAAAAGCUGGGUGUGGGUAAAGCCAUCGCAUCAGAUGGUUCAUCCUUUGUGGUGGCUAGAUAUUUCCCAGCAGGAAAUAUCACUAACCAGGGACACUUUGAGAAUAAUGUCCUCCCAGCUAAAACCAGCUCCUGAAGGAAUAUUGAUCUCCCUUUAUUUCACAUGGUCCAAAAGCAUUUACUCUGUUCUGCAGGAGAGAAGCUGCCUAUCUGCAUCGCUGUGGAGAAUCCCUGGAGAUCAGCCCAUCUUUAAGGAUAGAAAGCCAUGCCACAAUCUCUUAUGGAUCUUAGGAGAUAAGACGUGCUCAAGCUGUCUUUGUCAUUUGAAAAUGGGACCAGUAAAUGACAGAAAAUAUUGACUUUGCUAACAAAGCAUUUCCACUGACUUUGAAAACUGUGUAAUCUUAACUAGUUUAGUUGUUUUAAUAGCCACUCACAUUAUUUCCUCCAUUUAUGUUCUUUUCUAUAUUUCUACACAGUGAAAUGCAACUUACCUUUACAUCUGUUUUUGUGUAAGAAUGGAGUUAAUUCAGAGAGACAGACGCAUUAACAUAUAGUUGUUGCUGUAAUUUGAAGCUGAUGACUGUACGUGGUUGGAAUGUUCUUGUUAUUGCCUGUUCAUGGGAAAGCAGCCCCACAUCGUGACUUGCACUCUGAUCACUUUUGUAUAAUAAAAUAGACGGAUUGUCAGAAGCGAGUUGGCAUCUGUCCAUGUGUAAUUGUGUCAUCAAUUCUGGAUGACAUUGUUGUAAGUGAGACACAGAAAGAAAUUAGUUUCAUUUCUUAGAUACACACAAUAAAAAUGGCCUCUGAAACAUUAAAAAGAUCAAAUGUAAUCUUAAUUUAGUUCUGCAAUCUGCUUUUUCUAUUCGGCAUCUGCUUUCUGUGAACAGAAUAUGAUAAAACAUGACAGCUGCUGUAUUAAAUACUCAUUUAAUUGUCUUUUGAACAUGAAGCAGGGGAAUUUGUUCUCAUUUUAAGAAAUUAUAGGAAAAAUAAGUUUUUUUAUUCUGAUUAUGUGGAAAAAAUAAACCUUUCAAUGCUCAAAAUUGAUUUCAAAGCCCAUAAAUUAGUUUCUCGUGGGAACAAAAAGGGUAAACUAAAUGGUGUUUUUAAGAUUCAUUCCUUCAUUCACUGUUUUUAAGAUGUUUGUGAUUUAAUGUGUGUGUUUUCUGGAGGGUCGGCCUCAAAGCUGAGUCAAAGCCCACGCUGGAACAGACUUUAUUUAGCAGUUACUGGGGAUGCAACAUACAGCAGCAGCGAUACAGAGGAGUCACUGGUGUUUAGGCUUUAUAGGCUGGAAUAAGAGAGUCAGGAAUAGUUUCUUCUUUUUCUCAGGUCUCACUCACAUGGUCAGCUCCUAAAACAAAGUAAGAAGAAAAGAUUGAAGAAUGAAUCAGAAUUAGACAAAGCAAAAAACAUUUAAAAUAUGACACAUUAUUGCAAUUAGAUUGUUAUCCAUUCAUAAAGAUUUAAAGAUUAAGCCUGACAAAACACUCUUGAAGGAGGUUUAUUUAGCAGGGUUUUUUUAAGAAAAUAAUUUUAAAAAAACAUUUAAAUAAAGCACUUCUUUUUACUUUUUUCCGAUUAAGUAGAUUUUUUUUAAAUGUAAUAAUGCUGUUAUUUACAUUUCUAAAGGAUGUGCAUGUUUUAAUCUGUGAAUUAAUGCAGUUAAGAGUGUUUAGCUUUCUAGCUGUCAGUGGAAACAGAUUUAUAAAAUUCCUCUCAUAAAGUAAUUCAACUCAGAUUGUGAUAGAAAACAGAAAAAGCUACAUGCCUGAAAAUAAAAACACGUAUAAAUGUAAUGAACUCAGUGUCUAUGGCUGAGCAUUAAGAAACCUGGAGGAAAUGGGAUUUACAUCUAAAAAAGAUUAACAUAAACUAUCAUGAACAUCUAAACAGAAGAAAACAAAGUGCAAAAGAGCAGCCAUGGACUGUGAAUGAUUGGAUUAAAGUGAUAAACGCUUGCUGGAAAAUCUGCAAGGAGAUGAUGCAGAAAUUUGUGUUUGGUGCAGGUGAAAUAAAGCAUAUUAAGACAACUGCCUGAA